UACCCGCCCCAUCCGUUCUGUUUCUUCUCUUUAUCUUUCGCUGCGUGCUCUCCCUUCUAUUUAUUUUUAUGUAUCUUCUUCUGCACUGUUAAACCUCUUAUUCCAUUUCUCUUUAUUCCGUUUCUUAUUUUCUGAUUAUUAUAUCUCUUCUCUCUUCUGCCACUCUUCUAUUCCAUCCCUCCCCCACCUUUUCUCUUUCUUUGCUGUUCUCAUUUUUUGUCACAUGUACGUAGUUAGUUACGCACACACAUCGUCUUAUUUCGUUACUCCGCUGGUACAAAGACUGAACGGUCAGUAUCGUACCAGUUAGCAUUCGUUUUGGACGUGCGGUCAAACGGCAGCGACGAAACUUAUUCCAUAGUGAGACCCCGCAAAGACAUAUCUCUCGAAGGUGAAUCUCCUAAUAAACCGAAGAACUAAAGGUUUCGAGAGAGAAAACUAGAAAAAGCGAGAGAGAGAAAGAGGACUUUUUCAAUUCCUAGAAUUUGCAAUUUUCUUGUGGAGGAUUAAAUUCGUACUCUUUGUCAUCAUUUAAAAGACCGAGAUGGGUAUGAUAGCGCGCGUGAGGCGUCGCGUCCGCGCGAACUCGCUGACGGUCGACAAGGAGAAAACGGCGCAAAGCGUCUGCCUUCUAAGCGCGAUUCUUCUUCUACCCUAUUGCCCACGCGGUCCGCUGCCGCUUCUACCGUCGCCCGCACCGGUCCUAUAUUCAGCCCUUGUCCUGCCGGUCGUUUUAAGCGCGAAUUACAGAUAUCCGGUCCCGACCCUCAAGACUCUUGCCGAGGCGGCUAAAGGUGGAGCCAAGAGAGCAUGGCAUCCUCUAAAUCGCUUCCUGAGACGGUUGUAUGCACCGGUGGACCGCGCAGAGAAUCUCUUCCUGAAGAUGCGCAAUCUUUCCGUCAUGGCGAACCAGAUAGUGUUCCUGAUCUUGGCGGAUAAGGUGUUGCUGCCACAACAGAGGCUGACCUGCUUGUAUACGCUUAUGUUCUACAACGUGAUAGCCUACUGUGUGAGCUACAUCAAGGAGCUAAUCCAGAAGGAGGAUUGGUCACCGUACGUCACCUUGACUGAGCGAUCUAAGAUCAAGCAUCUCGCGAUGUCGGCCACCAAGAUCGUGCUCGAGUGGACCAAGGCGGUAACAUUCGUCGUCACGUUGACCUUCAUGCUUCUCGUAUUCGGACUGGAACAAGGUCUCGAUCAUUACAAACCCUCAUUAAUCUAUACGGUGAUUACGUGGAUUUAUUAUUCAGCGACGGAGAAAGUCUUCGUCGAGAUGUUUCCAACGAUCCUGGGUUUCUUACAGCUAGAAGCUUUGGAGAACAUCGAAAAUCUGUACGCGCCGGUGAUACUCCGCUGCUUUACGAUCGCUAUGUCGGCCAUCUUCAGCAUUCUGCUAUUGCCAUCGGCCUCUUGGAGGUUUCUAAUGGUUGCCACGUAUUUGAAUGUGUACUUACGAUGGAAGGAACUAAUGGAGAAUUCCGGCGCGGUAUUGCGACGAGAACGCGAAGUGUUAAAUCGCUACAGGAAGGCGACCCUUGAGGAGAUCGAAAGGUUUGAUGACGUGUGUGCGGUGUGUCUGUGCGGUAUGAUGAAGGCCAGAGUGACACCCUGCCAUCAUCUCUUCCACGCAGACUGCCUGCGACAAUGCCUGAAGACCAGCGACAAAUGUCCCAUGUGCAAGCGUGAGCUCAAGUUCGACUAAAUAAAUGACAUCGAGGAAUAUACCUUUUUGAUUGCCUCCAGAAAGAUUUACGAGAUUCUCAAAACGCGCCGUUGAAGAA